UCAGAGGCUAGAAAAACACUAUGCAGGAGCAAAAGGGCACAAAGCUUCAGAACACGAGCUUAGGGAGUGUUGGCGGUAUUCUCCAGACUGGUCAGCACAUGAAUCAGCUUCCUGAUUAGCGCCACGAACAGUGGCGGGAGCUCUGCAACCGGUCCUGACACUGGUGUAGUGCGAACCACAGCGCGCUAGCUGAUUGCGCACCGCGCGCUUCGUGUACUGAAGCGGACUGACCUCACGCGAGGGAGGCAGGGAAACCACUUUCGGGACAGAGUGCAGGCCCUGCUUGCAGCCACUCUGAUUGGUUUACAGAACAGCAUCAGCUGACUCUAAUUGGCUUAUAGAACAGCACCAGUUGACUCUGAUUGGUUUACAGAACAGUAUCCCUUGAUUUUGAUUGGUUUACAGAACAGCGUCCUUUGACUCUGAUUGGUUUACACAGCAGCGUCACUUGACUCUGAUUGGUUUACAGAUAGCAUCAGCUGACUCAGAUUGGUUUACAGAGCAGUGUCGGCUGACUCUGAUUGGUUUACGCAGCAGCGUCAGUUGAGACCUCUUAGCUGACUGCAGGACCCUGCAGCCCUUGGCAUCGUGGGGCUGGAUCAUGGGGUCGGCUGUGAGUUGGACUUGACAGUUUGGUUAGGACUGGUGGGGGCUUGGGCUGCCGCAGGCCUUGUUGGUGGACAGGUGUCCGGGCAGCGGGGUUUCCGGGCGCCAGCGGUCGCAAGUGCUCGCUGUCAUGUUCCGAGCAGCUGCCGUGGGAGUCACAUGCUCUCCCUGAACGACGCUCUCAACGGCAGGACAGACCCAAUAGCACGGACUCGGGCUGUCCAUCUGUCCGUCUGGCAGACCCUCGCUGACACGGGCGGUGCAUUGUCCAGGAGAACCGGACUCCCUCCCGGAGCCAGCGGGCAAGAGCGGCCGAGCUUGGAUCGCCGAGGGACGCGGGCUGGCGGACCCGCCACGUGCAGACCAGCGCAUCUUGGAGACGUUUCUGCAUCAAGAGGUGUGUGCGGUCUCUUUGUCGUAACAGGUGCACAGCAUCUCAGGCGUGGAUCUGCCUCCACUGGGCCAACGACCUGCUUUGGAAAACCCUGUUCCCGAAACACUGGAGGCCUUCCUCACGAUGUUGCCCUACAACACACAAAACAGUCUCAUCCCUAUGUCACCAGUGCAACUACUGAAAAUAAACCUACCAGGACUCAAGUGAGGAAGAGGACCAACCGGCUGGGCGCUUUCCUGGCGGCAGGCGAGGGGGUUCGAGCCACACCCUGGCUGAGCUGGGAGGCAGCAGGAGGCAUCUGUGGGCUGGAAGCCACAGCAGAACCAGGAAGACUGUCGCUUACGAGGGAGCAGAGGGUGGGAGCUGUGGCCGAGACUUGGGUGAUGUUUUGA